AUGGCACCUAGAAAGGGCGCUCAGCAAGACUGGAGUUGGACUCACACCGUCUCAUCCCCCGACCAGAUUACUAGACAACAUCGAAGAAGGGCAGCAGGUCUACAGGAUCUUAUUCCCUGUCCGUUUACCUUCAGUCUAGAUACACCUACCAAGGUCGAAUCUGAAGAUCAUGAAGAUGAGGUGAUAGAAGUAGAUGCAAAAGGGAAAGCAAAAGCGAAAGCCAAACCGUCCACUAACAAGGUACCUGGAUGCUCCAAGCAGAGAUGUCUGAAGAAUCCAAUGUGUUACAACCACUUGGGCGCUGAACAGGUUCUGCAUCCCGAUGCGAAGAGCGACUAUAUCGAUGAUCAUGCAGGACUCAUACCGGUUGACAGAGAAGGUCCAGCAGGUCUCAGGAAUCUAGGUGCGACUUGCUACGCCAACGCUUUCCUCCAACUGUGGUUUUAUAACGUAGCAUUUAGGAAUGGUGUAUAUGAUUGUGUGACUACUGAAUCCACGCCUCUCUUUCACCUCGCGAUGGUUUUUGGCAUGCUGCAACACUCGAAUAGACAGAUGGUAGACCCAAUGGGAUUGAUUGAAGCUCUGAGAUUGGAGAAGGGGAAUCAGCAAGACGCAGCAGAAUUCUCCAAGCUAUUCAUGUCUGUCCUCGCUUCUGAAUUCGCGAAACAUCCCAAUCCGAAAAUCCGUUCCUUCCUGAAAGAUCAAUUCGAAGGUGUCAUGGAAUACUCGACUACGUGCAAGUGCGGUCAUAAGAGUAGUACUACUAGCACAUUUCUCGAACUCGAACUCAAUUUCAAGGAUAAAUCCACCCUCGAGCAGUGUAUCGAAAAUCUACAGACUCCCGAAAUCCUCGAAGGCGACAACUUGUACAAUUGCCCUUCAUGUGAUCGACGUCGAGAAGCUAUACGAAGACAGGUACCGAUCAAAUACCCACCUGUGCUCCAUAUGGCUCUCAUGCGAUUCGUAUUCGACUACCAGACUCUAUCAAGGAAAAAGUCACCUGCUUCUAUCACGUAUCCUAAGAAUAUCACUUUGGGUGAUGAUGAGUACGAGCUGAGAGCGAUAAUAACGCACGAGGGGAAAAGUGCACACCAUGGACACUUUAUAUGCGAAGUCUGGGAUGAAACGGAACAAAAUUGGCUUCUCUGUAAUGACGAAGAAGUCACAAAUCUCUCCGAUCGACCCACGAAGAAACCUCGAAAAGCAAUCAAGCUCGAUAAGCUUGAUGAAGAUAAGUAUAGCUCGAAGGAUGCUUAUAUGCUGGUCUACAAGAGGAAAGAUCAGGGUCAAGUAGCAGCCAAACAACCGCCGCCUGCUAUCUGGGAUAGAGUUAUAGCCCACAAUGUGGCGUUGCAAGAGGAACAGAAUGCAAUAGGGGUAAAGCGAAUGCAGGUGGAAAAUGAAUUUAACCAACUCUAUAAUCUCAAGAAGCAUACAGAUCACAUCAUACCAAAAGAUUCCCUCAUGAAAUGGUUGAGGAUCCAACAUUUCGUAGAACUAUACGAGCCCUUCGACAUGUCUCCAAUUGUCUGCUCCCACGGUGGUAUCGAUCCCGGUAAGACCGGUGAAUCAAGGUUGAUCUCCGAAGAAGCUUUCGAUCAGAUCCAAUUGUUGAACGAUUGUCCUCAACUGGCUAUCUGCUCAGUCUGUGUGGAGAACGGAUACAGUAGAGAGAAAGCUCAGUCCAGUUUGGAUGGACAAGUCGAAGCUUUUGACGAAGCCAACGUUGGAGAUGGCGAUUAUAUAAUAUCGAAAUCAUGGCUCGACCAAUGGCGUAAUGGGUCCUUACCGCAUGGUAAAUUACCUUCCGACGACAAAUUCAGCUUAUUCUGCGAACAUGGUGGGAGAUCGAUCGUACCAAGUAAUAAACGCAAAGCCACGUACUCGACAAUCACCGCUGAGGCUUUGGCAAUACUCAAGUCAAUAAUAGGUGAAUUCGAGGUGAUAGAGAAUGACCAAGAAGAAUGCGAAGAAUGUUCGUCGAUGACUGAGAUUAAUUCUGAAAUACGCAAACAGAGAUUAGAAGGUACCAAAGUAGAUAGACAAAUAAGGAGACUGGUUAAUAAAGAUAAACCGCCAGCAUACGGGCUGGACUAUUUUGCCUUAUCUUCCGAUUUCAUCAGAGAGUGGGAUAAGUAUAUGCGAGGUGAUAGAGAUGAACCGGAUCUGGACAUGGGGCUGUGUGAACAUGGGUUAUUAGAUUAUGAUCCGCAGAUGGAAAAACCUGAUAUUUUGGAUAAGAAGGGUUGGAAGAUGUUAACGGAGAGGUAUGGCCAGAAGAAUCCUAUCGUAAUCCAGUUCGGACCUCACACAAGAUCCGGUAAGAAGCAUAAUGUAGAGAUGACGGAUCCUGGUGUCUGUGAGGAAUGUUCUACUGCGAGACGAUCGGAUUUCGACGUCAUAUCUAUCCCAAUAAUAACCAUUAUCGCAUAUUACUGUUCUCCCAGUGAAUCUGUUACACCCGCCCCUUCAGGAUCCGGAUCCGACUGUGGUCCAAGAGGGAACGGAUUUCCACCUAACAACGGAUUCAACCGUGAUUUCAACAACAAGAGAAAGUCCAAUGGCAGAUCGUUAACCACUUAUGGUGGGCGAUCAACGAGAUCAAAAUCCAAAAAAUACCAUUAUGAAGGUACGAAAGAGACUUCGAUUAAAGAUAUAAAGAUUCAUAUAAUGGAUAAGACUGGUGGUAGACUUACACCAAUCCAGCAGAAGAUAUCCUACCACGGUCGAGAGUUGGGAUCUGAUGAGACGAUAGGAAGUAUUGGGUUCUUGAAGGGUGAUGAGCUGGAGUUAGAAGAGAUGGUUGAGGCAGUUGAUAUUGAUGAUGAUGAUGAAAUUGAGGUGGUUCAAGAUGGAAAUGGUGAUGGGAGGAAGAAGAAGAGAAGGGUGAAUGAGGGAUUUGGCGGGACGGCGUUGUUAGCGAGGAUCGCCUGUCCAGAUUGUACGUUUGAGAAUGAUGGGGCAGCAUCAUCUUGCGAAAUGUGUAUGAGGCCUUUCAAGAUGGACGAGAUCUUAUGA